AGCUUUUACCUAUGGCUCGAGUGGCUCGAGAGUAGCUGGGCAGCCGAAGCGAGCACAGGCUGCCCUUGCGCUCUCAUGGAGGCCUUGAGAAGACUGAGCCUGAUCUCCAAGGUGACCAUCGAGAUUCAGAAUCACUGGGGCAUUGAAGACAAGACGCUGGCGGAGUUUGUCAUCGACCUGGGGGAGUCCUGCGGCAGCUCGGAGGAGUUCGAGACCAAACUCCAGGAGAACGGAGCAGCAGCCUCUGGGCCCUUCUGCCAGCGCCUGCUCGAGCUGAUCCAGAAGCUUGGGGGGCCCAAGAAGCCUGGGCCGGCCGAUGCCAAGAGCGGGAGCAAUGUCAAGGCCUCCAAUGAGGCUCUAGCGAUGGCCACCAAGGAGAUUGCCAAAGCGCCCCAGGUGGAGAGGCGGCCGCGAAGCCGAAGCAGGCCGAGGGAGAAGGAGAAAGAGAAGGAGGAGCCGCAGAAGAAGAGAGACCUGCGAGGUCCUGUAGAGCUCUAUGGUAUCUACAAGGGCCAGGUCUCGCGGCUCAUGGAGUACGGUGCCUUCAUCUCCUUCGAAACCUCCGAGGGAAGAAGAGAAGGCCUAGCCCACUUGAGCGAGCUCUCGCGGGAGACCCGAAGUGUGAAUCGAGCAGCGGAUCACUUGAAGAGGAACCAAGACUGCUUCGUGAAGAUCAUCGGCAUCGCUGGGUCGAAGCUGAACCUCUCGCUCCGCGAAGUGGACCAAGAGACGGCUGAGGACUUAAAAGUCCGAAAGAUGAAGGGCGUCGAGGAAAGCGAGUUGGACGCCUCCAACCCCAUGCGCAAGCGGAGGAUGGAGGAAGCUGGCACCUGGGGCAAGGUCACUGGCAUUAGGCUGGACUACGCCGACAACGAGACCGAGAGGAAGAAGCUGCGGCAGAAGAAGAAGCUGAACGAGUACGAGAUGUGGGAGGCCCAGCAGCUGCAAGCCUCCGGCGUCAUCGAGCAACACGAGCGCCUGGACUGCGACGAGGAGAAGGGGCUCCUGGCGGACAGCGACAUCGAGGAGGACUUUGAGAUUGAGCUCCAAGAGAAGGAGCCCGUCUUCCUGCGGGGUCAGACCACGAAAGCGGGAGUCAGACUCUCGCCGAUUCAGGUGGUCAAGGAGCCGGACGGCAGCCUUGCGCGCGCCGCCUCCACGGCGCAGGCGCUGGCCUCGGAACGAAGGGAGGCCAGGGAGGCCAUGCAGCAGAGCCUUCUGGACGCCAUCCCCAAAGAUAUGGGCCGGCCCUGGGAGGAUCCGAAGCCCGAGCCCGGCGAGCGAACCAUCGCUCAGGCCUUGCGAGGCUUGGGACAGACGUCCUACGAGCUGCCGGAGUGGAAGAAGUUGUACAUUGGCAAGUCCGUGUCCUACGGCCAGAAGUCCGUUAAACCCAUCAAAGAGCAGCGCGAGAGCCUUCCCAUCUUCAAGCUGCGGAACGAGCUGCUCCAAGCCAUCCGCGACAAUGACGUGCUGAUUGUGAUCGGAGAGACGGGCAGUGGCAAGACCACCCAGAUCACGCAGUACUUGGCAGAGGCGGGCUACACCUCCCGGGGCGUGAUCGGGUGCACGCAGCCCCGCCGAGUGGCGGCCAUGUCCGUGGCCAAGCGCGUCUCUGAGGAGUACGGCUGCCGUUUGGGCCAGGAAGUGGGCUAUGCCAUCCGUUUCGAGGAUCAGACGGGCCCGGAGACCCUGAUCAAGUACAUGACGGAUGGCAUGCUGCUGCGUGAGAUCCUGUCAGAUGACAUGGUGAGCAAGUACUCCAUCAUCAUGCUGGAUGAAGCUCACGAGAGGACCAUCUCCACCGAUGUGCUCUUCGGGCUCUUGAAGAAGGCGGUGAAGAAGCGGGGCGAUCUGAAGCUCAUCGUCACUUCCGCCACCCUGGACGCGGAGAAGUUCUCAACCUACUUCUUCAACUCCCACAUCUUCACCAUCCCGGGCAGGACCUUCCCAGUGGAAAUCCUCUACUCGAAGGAUCCAGAGCAGGACUAUGUCGAAGCUGCACUGAUGACGGUGCUACAGAUCCACCUCACGGAGCCCUCGGGGGACAUCCUGGUCUUCCUGACCGGACAGGAGGAGAUCGACACGGCCUGCCAAGUCCUGCACGAGCGGAUGCAGAAGCUGGAGGCGAUGAGCCCGCCGCCGCUCAUCAUCCUGCCCGUGUACAGCGCCUUGCCCUCCGAGAUGCAGACGAUGAUCUUUGAGCCGCCGCCGCCGGGCUGUCGGAAGUGCAUUGUGGCCACCAACAUCGCAGAGGCGUCCCUUACCAUCGACGGGAUCUUCUUCGUUGUUGAUCCCGGGAUGUCGAAGGUGAAGAUGUACAACUCCAAGACAGGCAUGGACUCCUUGCUCAUCACGCCCGUGAGCCAGGCCAACGCGCGGCAGCGCUCCGGCCGGGCGGGGCGCACGGGGCCGGGCAAGUGCUACCGCUUGUACACGGAGCUGGCCUACCGGAACGAGAUGCUGCCAACGGCGGUGCCUGAGAUCCAGCGGACCAACCUCUCCAACACAGUGCUCUUGCUGAAGGCGAUGGGCAUUCAGGACAUGCUCAGCUUUGACUUCAUGGACUCUCCGCCGGUGGAGACCAUGAUCAACGCCUUGGAGUCGCUUUGGACCUUGGGCUCCCUGGACGACGAGGGAAUGCUGACAGACCUGGGCCGCAAGAUGGCCGAGUUCCCCAUGGAGCCGGCGCUGUCGAAGAUGCUGCUGACCUCGGUGGACCUGCGGUGCAGCGAGGAGAUUAUGACCAUCGUGGCCAUGCUCUCCGUGCAGAACGUCUUCUACAGGCCCAAAGACAAGCAGGCUUUAGCAGACCAGAAGAAGUCCAAGUUCCACCAGCCGGAAGGUGACCACUGCACCUUGCUGGAGGUCUACAAGACUUGGGCCUACAACCGCUUCUCGAACCCUUGGUGUUACGAGAACUUUAUCCAGGCGCGGGCCCUGCGGCGCUCGCAGGAUGUCCGCAGGCAGCUCAUCACACUGAUGGACCGCUACAAGUUUGAGAUCGUCUCCUGCGGCAAUGAUUACAACCGCAUCAGGAGGUGCAUCACAGCAGGGUACUUUGGCAAUGCCAGCAGAAGAGAUCCGCAAGAGGGCUACCGGACGCUCACGGACCACAACCAGGUCUACAUCCAUCCGGCCUCUGCGCUGUACCAGCGGAACCCCGAGUGGAUCGUGUACCACGAGCUGGUCUUGACCAGCAAGGAGUACUUGCGGGAAUGCUCGACAAUUGAACCCCAGUGGCUGCCAGAGCUGGCGCCGAACCUCUUCCAGCGCGCAGACCCGCAGAAGCUGUCCAAGCGGAAGAUGCGGGAGCGAAUCGAGCCGCUCUACAACCGCUUCGAGGAGCCCAACGCUUGGCGUCUCUCGCGGCGCCGCUGCUGAGAGAUCUCCGGUUUUGGCUCCGAGAGAACUCGCGGAUGCCAUGGACGCGGCUCCGACGGG